UGGUUGUUUUCAUUCGAACUCCACGUUGUUUUGUAUCGCAGUUUUAGUUUUUUAAUUUAAAAAUACAGCAAGAUGGGUCGCAAAUUCAAUAACAAAAAACAGAAGAAGGCUCCACAGUUGGAGAUAGUCCCGCUGGACGAGAAUCCGCCGCUGCCCCCAACGAGGCCUUCAGAUGAACCCGUCCCCAAAAAGGAAAAAUGGGUGAAUAAACAGAGAGUCCUAGUCUUUGCCGCCCGCGGAAUCAGUCACAGGGACAGGCAUCUCAUGAGGGAUAUCAAAACACUGAUGCCGCACCACCGAGCCGAGUCCAAAAUGGAGCGCUCCAAGACGCUGUCGGUGAUCAACGAAAUGUGCGAGAUGAAGCACUGUAACAAGGCGAUGCUAUUUGAAGGGCGACGCAAGCGGGAUCUUUACAUGUGGGUCUCAAACACCACGGGAUCCACGGGUCCUUCGGCCAAGUUCCUCAUCGAAAACAUUCACACCAUGGCUGAAUUGAAGAUGACUGGUAACUGCCUUCGCGGAUCCCGUCCUCUUCUCUCUUUCGACUCCAAAUUCGACGAGCUCCCUCACUUGAAGCUCCUCAAGGAACUCUUCGUCCAGACGUUUUCGGUGCCCAACCAUCAUCCCAAGAGCCAGCCCUUUGUGGAUCACGUUUACACCUUUACCUACCUGGAUAAUCGCAUCUGGUUCCGAAACUUUCAGAUCCUAUCCGAAGACGGUGGAUUAUCCGAGGUUGGGCCCCGAUACGUAAUGAAUCCCGUAAAAAUUUUCGACGGCUCAUUCACGGGAAAAACCAUAUGGGAGAAUCCCGACUACGUUAGCCCCGCCAAACAGCGACAGGUGCUAAAGAAGGCCGCCAAGGACAAGUAUGUGAACCGGGUGGAGCAGAAGGUGCAGCAUGAGGCCACACGACCUGUGAAGGCCUACGACAGCGUAGAAAAUGAAGAAAUCUUCGAAGAUGAUGAUCCAAUCGAAACUGCCAAAAUCCUGGCUGCGAUAGCCAAAAAGAAGAAGGAGGAGAAUACGAAGAAAACACCCAAGGCAGCCCUCACCAAGAAGAUCAAGGAAAAGCAACUAAAGGCCGUCAAGGAGGUGAUUGCGCAAAAGAAAGCCAAGGCCACGAAACGUGUGAAAAAGGUCUAAAAGCCUCAUUUACAUUAAGAUACAAAAAUGAUUACAUUUUAUAAAUACAUUUACAAACUGUGCUUCUUAAGUUUGAAUAUUACAAGUUAUAUUAGUCCCA